UGUUCUAUACAGUGCGUGUGAAUCCUACUGAUCAUUUGUACCAGCUGUUGAUCCAUAUAACUGAUAUAUCAAAGCUGUGUUAACUCUAUGUGAAAGAAACAAUAAAAGGAAAUAAAAAUCUAACCUUAAUCGUGUAAGAGAAAAUCACUCGACAUGCGGCUACGUAACGUAUGUCCGAGGUACGAAUAGACGUAUGUGCGAUAACAUUUGUACUGGUUAUACGAUGGCUACGGGAAAGCGAAGAAGUGUGCAUACGACGCUUGGAAAUUCCACGAUGUUUGGUUCAACGGCAAGUAAUGUAAGGUCAAGUCGUUUAAACUUCCGUCCAAAUUCAACUCAAGAGGACAGAGGCGGAACACGACCGACCGCUGCUCCGAGCUCCAUAGGACUUAUCCUCGUAACGAUGUUUUUACAUGUUUGCAAGAAAUCAUUACUAUUCGAUACAAGACUCAAGGUUGCUAUAUAUUGCGGAGCGAUAUUCGUAGUAUCGCUCAUAGCAGACUUUAUGACAAUGCCAAGAACGUAUUUCUCGCGUUCAGAUAACGCGCUUAACCAAUACUUCGUGAAGUGGGGAUGGGGAUGGCUGCUGUCCGUAACCGUUCCAUGGGUUGCAUUGACUGCGCACACACUUGGCUGCGGCCGUAGAUCUGUUUUAUUGAAACACCUUGCCAGACUGGGUUUAGCAACAAUUGCAUGGUUAAUGUGGAUCAGACUGUUUAAUUACAUCGAGACGACUUACGGCCGAUGCCUUAACACAAGAGACAUUCAACUGCAAACGAAAACGAAAUGCCUUCAGUCCGGUAGAUUUUGGAGUGGUCUCGAUAUAUCCGGACACACGUUCAUUCUGAUAUACUCGAGCUUAAUUCUGGCAGAAGAAGGCUCGUCGUUAGUCGGAUGGGAGGGUAUAAAAGAUCUGGUUAUGCGGGAAGAGCACUCGCGAAUCACUCCAAACGAUCCCAGCAGCGGACCACUUCGGAAUCUAUCGAACUCUGAUUUGGAAAUCUUGAAGAAGGCGCAUAAAGCGCUCACGCCUUAUCUCAGGGGACUUUUCGUCGCGAUGACGUUACAGCAAUUACUUUGGGAUGUUAUGCUGGUGUCUACGAUGCUGUAUUAUCACAUUAUGAUAGAAAAAUUCAUCGGCGGUGUAGUCGCCGUUUUAACGUGGUACGUUACGUACCAGUGGUGGUAUAAGUCGUCGAAGGCUUCGUUACCCCCGCCUGGUGAUGGUUUAUUUAAAUAUAACGAGGUGAAGGUUUACGAUAACAACACCUCGACCAGGUCGAGACGCAGCACUUUGAAUGGUACAAAUAGAUUUAUGGGAUUUCCUAUUCGCAUGAACCAAGAUAAUGCCGAUACGAGCAGUAUCAACAGACAAUCGGAUUCUGAUGUAACAAGUUCUAGAAUAUGAAAAUUGUCAAAGACUCUGAGCUUCUUUUCUUUAUUGGUUGGAUUGGUCAAAGUUUCUGAUAUUUUUAAGUGGCUUCCUUAUACACAUAUUACAUGCAAAUAAGGCGUAACUUAUUAAAAAGAACG